CGUAUUAUACCAAAUAAUAUAAUCCCUUCAUAAUAUUUGAUUUCCAAAUUUCGUAAUAUUUGCAUUACCAUACUUUCUAUAAUUUAUCAUUAUUAAACUAAACUUUCUAUAACGAGAAUAUACGUUUCUUUUAUAUAUGUAACAAGGCCACCCAGAGCACAUUCUCUUCUCUGUACCACCACCAAAACCUUCGAAUCCUACGACUACCGGAGCUCCGUCCGACAUGGCUAUAAAAGAAUGUGGCUCUCACCACAGCCACUCAUCCGGCUGCCGUAAAUUCUUGCCAGUCAUAAUACUCUUUGUAAUCCUUUUUGUAAUCAUUCUCGCAGUUUUCCUAGUUUGGGUAGUCCUUCAACCGUCGAAGCCACGCUUCCACCUUCAAGAGGCCAUCGUCUCCAACUUCAACAUCUCCGGCAAUCCACUGAACAUCCUCAACUCAAACUUCCAAGUCUCUAUCUCCUCUGAAAACCCUAACGACAAGAUCGGUAUCUACUACGACCGUCUCAACGUCUACGCUACUUACCAUAACCAACAGAUCACUUGGCAGACUGCUAUCUCUCCGACUUAUCAAGGACACAAAGAAACCAAGGUUUGGUCUCCUAUCAUCGGUGGAAACUCCGUCCCCGUUUCUUCGGUCAUCGGUUUGCCUGUCGUUGAAGACCAACCUGGUAUGAUCGAGUUGAAGAUCUAUCUCUUCGGCCAAAUCCGUUGGAAAGUCGGAAGUAUGAUCACCGGUGAAUAUCACCUCCACGUGAAUUGUCCGGCGUCUAUUAACGUUGGGAAUAGUGCUGCCGGAGUUAUGGUCGGAAAGAACGCCAUGAAAUAUAAAAUCGCCCAGCCUUGCAGUGUUGAUGUAUGAAGAAUAGUAGAAGACCAUUUAACGAUACGGUGAUAUCAGGUCACGGUUUUUUCAUUAUUUUCAUAAUUUUCGUAGCAGUUAAGUUUUUAUAACUAUUUUUUUUUUUUUUGAGUAAUAAUAGCAAGAAUUACAUUAAUCAACCGGGUUGCGUUAUUCUUAUGAAAAAAGAUGACUUUUAAUUGGUAGUAUUCUUUUUUCACAUAACUAUAAUAUAUGCAUCUUGUUUCAUUGACUAUGAUUUUGUGUUGAUCCAGUUAAUGUGACGACAAAUGAAUUUUUAUAUAAGUGAAAAUAUCUAAUAGGUAUGAUAACCAAUUUAACCAUUCCGUUAAUGCUCGUGUAC